ACCAUGGGCAAGAUCAUCUUCUACGAGGACAGGAACUUCCAGGGUCGCCACUAUGAGACCAGCAGUGACUGUGCUGAGCUCACCUCUUACCUNAGCAGGUGUCACUCCUGCAGGGUGGAAAGUGGAUGCUUCAUGGUUUACGACCGCCCCAACUACAUGGGAAACCAGUACUUCAUGAGGAGGGGCGAGUACGCUGACUACAUGAGCAUGAUGGGAAUGUCUGACUGCAUUAGGUCCUGCCGUAUGAUCCCCAUGCACAGGGGAUCCUACAGGAUGAGGAUCUAUGAGAGGGAGAACUUCGGUGGUCAGAUGCAUGAGUGUAUGGACGACUGUGACAACAUCAUGGACCGCUACCGUAUGUCCAACUGCAUGUCCUGCCACGUGAUGGACGGUCACUGGCUGAUGUACGAGCAGCCCCACUACCGAGGCCGCAUGAUGUACCUGAGGCCCGGAGAGUACAGGAGCUUUAGGGAGAUGGGAUAUGGAGGCACUAAUUUCAUGAGCAUGAGGAGGAUCAUGGAUUCCUACUACUAAAUUACAAUAAAGAUAUUUGCUCUAUUUUCUAAUUUUGCAGCAGUCCUUGUUUUUUUUUUCCGAAGAAGAUGCAUUUAAUCAUGAGUCCAAAAUCAGCUUGUGUCUUUUACUGGCUGUUAAUAUCUGUGAUGAAGAUGUUAAUUUCAUCUACACAACUCUGCAUAUCUUUAUCCUAAAACUGCAUAUUGCUAAAUUA